AUGUCUGGCAGAAGAGAUAACGUCAUCUUGGAUACUUCUAUGGGUUCAAUUCACAUUGAACUCUACUGGGAUCAUGCACCAAGAACUUGUAAAAAUUUUUAUGAAUUAGCAAAAAAGGGAUAUUAUGAUGGAGUGAGCUUUCAUCGUAUUAUUGCAGAUUUUAUGAUUCAAGGUGGAGAUCCCACUGGUACUGGACGUGGAGGCACUUCUAUUUAUGGUGAACGAUUUGCAGAUGAAAUCCAUCCGGCUCUUAAACAUACUGGAGCAGGCAUCCUUAGUAUGGCCAAUGCAGGACCUAAUACGAAUGGGUCACAGUUUUUUAUUACAUUAGCACCUACACCUUGGUUGGAUGGUAAACAUACAAUCUUUGGUAGAGUCAGUGAUGGCAUGAAUGUAGUGAAAAGAAUGGGUUUAGUAAAGACAGAUGCACAUGAUCGGUAA